CUAUUUUUAAUUAAUUUUCAUUAUUAUUAAUCAGAACUCAAAAGAAAGAAGAAGAAGAAGAAGAUUACUUCCCCACCAAAUCAGCAACGCAUCAAAAUCUCCCUCUCCCUCUCACUCUCACACACAUUAUUUACACACACACACACACACACACAAUCUGUACUCAAAAUCUUCCUACUUCAAAACCCUAACAUUCAUUCAUCAUUUUUAUCAAAAAAUUUAUUUUUUAUUUUUUAGUUAUCAAUCAAAUGAUCAAAUAUAUGUAUAAUUAUUAUUAUUAAAUUAGAUGAAGAAGCAAUUACGCAAACGAACAAGGAUAUUCAUCCUUUCUCUUCUUUUCCUCUCUCUUUUUGCUCCUCUCCUUUUGCUCUACCAAUCCAAGGGAUUUAUUGAAGAUUUAUCUAGUCUGAAAGGCAGGAGGGAUUUGCUGAAUCUGAAUUUAGUAAAGCAGGAUGAAGAUGUAGGCGUAAAAGAACCGAUUUUGAACGUGUAUAAAGACGUGAACGUUGAUCCACUUGUGAGUUCCGUAACUUCAGAUGACGACGUUAAGUCUGAUGAUCCGGGAAGCGGUGAAAACAAUGAUGAUACAAAAGAAACUGGAGAAGAUGUUGAUGUGAAAGGAAAUAGUGAACAGAGCCAGGAGGAGAAUACGAUGUUAAAUGAUGAUGGGAAAAAGGGAGAGGCUGGUCGUGCAACACUUGAGCAUGAUCAGGAUGUAGUAUUGCAAGGACGGAAGGCACUGGAUAUGAAGAUUAAAGAGAUGAAAGAUCAAGUAAUAAGGGCUAGAGCUUACUUGAGCUUUGCAAUACCAGCUAACAAUGCUCAUUUAAUUAAGGAAUUACGAUUACGAAUUAAGGAAUUAGAGCGAGCCAUGGGAGAUGUCACCAAAGAUUCUGAUUUGUCUAAGAGGGCUUUGCAGAGGAUGAGGGCCAUGGAGGUUUCAUUGCAGAAAGCUGCCCGCAUAUAUCCAGAUUGCUCUAGCAUGGUGAAGAAGCUUCGUGCUAUGACUACCAAUGCAGAGGAACUAGUUCGAGUACAGAAGGAGCAAGAAGGGUUUUUGGUUCAGUUGGCUGGACGAACUACACCGAAGGGUCUUCACUGUCUUUCCAUGAGGCUUACUGCCGAAUAUUUUGCUUUAAAACCUGAAAAGAGGGAACUUCCUAGAAACCCAGAUGUGCAUGAUCCAAAUCUUCAUCACUUUGUUGUGUUCUCUGAUAAUGUACUUGCAUGUUCUGUGGUGGUAGACUCCACCAUUUCUUCUGUGAAGGACCCAGGGAAGACUGUGUUUCAUGUGGUGACAGAUUCUCUAAACUUUGCAGCAAUCUCUAUGUGGUUUUUAUUGCAUCCCCCCAAAAAAGCUUCAGUCAAGAUUCAUAACAUGGACCACUUCGAUUGGUUCUCCACUAAAUAUGCGCCACCAAAUGCUGAUGGCCAUGAUUCCCAGGACCCUAGAUAUACUUCUGCUUUGAACCACCUCCGAUUCUAUCUACCAUAUAUCUUUCCGACAUUGAAUAAAAUUGUGCUUCUCGACCAUGACGUGGUUGUACAAAGAGAUUUAACACGGCUUUGGAAGGUUAACAUGAUGGGAAAAGUGAAUGGAGCCGUUAAGACUUGUAAAGAACACGAUCCUGCUUUUCGUCGGCCGGAGUUGUUACUGAACUUAUCUGAUCCAGCAAUCGCAAGGAGAUUUAGCAACGAGAGAUGCACAUGGGCGUUUGGUUUAAAUGUGUUUGACAUGCGGGAGUGGAGGAGGAGGAAUCUGACCACCGUCUAUACCCAAUACCUGCAACAGGGAAAAAAGAAACCUAUGUGGAAAGCUGGUACCUUACCCUUAGGUUGGAUGACAUUUUACAAUCAAACCAUGGAUUUAGACCGGAAAUGGCAUGUUCAUGGAUUAGGAUAUCAUACUGGUAUUAGGCAGGAAGAUAUCGAGCAAGCAGCAGUCAUACACUAUGAUGGAGUCAUGAAACCUUGGUUAGAUAUUGGCAUCGAAAAGUACAAAACAUAUUGGAGGAAAUAUGUUAAAUACAAUCACCCGUAUCUGCAGCAGUGCAACAUAGCUUGAUAUCUAACCCAAAUUCUUAUUAAAUCACAACAGGAAUUCCAGGUUUUUUAUACUAGCAAAAUUAUUUUUCAUUCUACAUCAUUUUUACACACUAACACCCGACAACCCAUAGUUCUUUUCUUCUUCUUCUUCCGACAAGUCUUGUUACAAUGGAUCAUUUUUGUGUAUAUUACUCGUUUUAGAUACAACUUCACUCAUAAUGGAUCGUUAAGAGGCCCUUAGUUAUAUUACAAUUGAAUGAAGCUCAAUAUCUACAGUGUUUUUCCGCCCUCUAGUCGUCGAUUCUUAUCUGCA